ACACAGGACUUUUAUUUUGAAAGGCUCGGAUGAAUGGAACCACCAGGGAAACCGAAGUAAAUGUAUUUUAUUAAGAAAAAAAAACUGAUUUAGUGAAUAACAAAAGAAAUUCCGAAUGGUCGUUUACUGCAGACUACACUGUAAUGUAAAUAUAUAUAUCAAAUAAUGCAAGAAAGAUCUUCAGUUUGAAUCAUUUUGAUACACUGCGGGGCUUUCGACAUUCGCCAUCUUUGUUCGGGGCAAAUAUGCCGAAAAGUUGUUCUGCAUCUAAUUGCACAAAUAGGUACAAUAACAAAAACCCAGAGAUAACUUUUCACAGGUUCCCUUUCAGUAAACCAUCGGUUCUGAAACAAUGGCUUGAUAACAUUGGACGAGACGACUUUCAGCCAAGGAAACACAUGGUCAUCUGCUCUCUUCAUUUCACUCCGGACUGUUUCAGUGGUUUGGGAAACCGGAAAAAUCUGUUAUGGAACGCAGUGCCAACCCUUUUUGCAGUGCCAACCCAGGAUGCAAAUCAAAAUAAUUCCAGAAAGAGGCAGAAGAGGGCUUUAAAAUCUGCUGCUGAGAAAUGGGAUGGCAUUACACCUGAUGGGUUGCCUCUUUUCACUGAGGAGAUGCAUGAGGACACUCAAGACUGUAACAAUAAUGAAGUGGCUGACUGUCAAAGCACAAAGGUUUUUGCUGCUGCAGACCACACCUAUGCCCUCUCGGAUGCAUGCACAACCAAAGCCCGUCUGUUUAAUAUUUUAGAUGCCAACAGAUGGCUGCGGAAAAGGUUGCAGGCCAAAUGCAGAGUGAUAAAAAGGAUGAAACUUAAAUUGAAAGAUGCUCAAAGAGAACUUCUAACUUUGCGUCAACAGAUCAGACAUCGGCAUGUAAAUCACUAAAGACAUUAACAGAUAAUAAAAAGUUGAAAUCUUAAGUCUUGGCCUUAGAGAAAGAGAUUAAACAUGUAUAUUUAUCCUAAAGCAGAAGUUUUCCUACUAACUUUUCUGUUCUUUGGAUUAGGGCAUUGUUUACAGUCUAAUUUUUAACGCUUGAUAAUAAGGUCCCAUUAGUUAUUGCAUUAACCAUCACUGAGUAAUAAUUAGUUUACAUUGUUAUUUGUUAUUAAAAAUAAAAUGUAAAUUAGUUUGUUACCUCAGAAAGCUUAAUUAUCCAAUCAGAUUAAUUAUUAUAUCUUUCAGCACAUUAGAAUUUUAUGCUUUGAAGACAAUGUAGUUGUUUUUGUUGCCCGUGCCUUUGAUGCUAGUUCUCCCUGCACCGUUUCAACGUGACUGUCAGAGUCUGCCUCAAUCUCCGCCUUGACUGCGUCAGAUAAACUGCACAGUGACAG